AUGUGGAAUUACACUCCUGCUAGUAAAAUUUGUCACAUGAGAACUCAAAUGGAAGUACAAUAAUUCCUUAAUUACAGGCAUAUGAUAAACAUUUGUACAGUGUUAGAAAUGCUAAAUCGAUAGUUAAAACAACUACUCCUUAUAAACCAUAUUUUUUGUCAGUUUGUAGUCGAUAUCAAAAUAAAUAUGAGUAAACAAUAAUAAUGAUUCCUUAUGAUAUAGAGAAACAAUGAGAUCAACAAAUGCAACUCAAUAUUAUUCGACAAGAUACUUGAUAUUGAUAUUAGAUAAGG